AUGCCGGGUAAUGAUGCCGCUGAAGUAAAACAGCUUAUUGCUGGUACACUAUUCGCAUUGCAGAACACAACGGAUACAUGUGGCGACAUUGAUAAGGCAAACGACAUUCCUCCUGCCUUUCACGAGGUGUUCCGGACUGUCGCACCAGUACAGGACUAUUUACAGGGCAUCAAACUUCACGUUGCCAAUUGCAACUCCGACGAAUCAUUUUGGCAAGAAAUCAAGCCAGCAAUAGAAGGUUGCAGGGACAACGCUACUCGAAUAGAUGAAAUAUUCUUCGCAGUCGUUCCGGACGGCAAUGGACCCAGACAAGAACGAUACCGCAAUGCUGCAGGGAAGGGAGAUCGGGUGGAAGAUCUGAUGAAAGCCAUCCUCAGAUUCGUAGUUGGCUUGGCGGAGAAACCAGAUUUCGGUGGCGAGGUUGCUGCAUCACUGUUGGAACAGUUGAAGAAAUCUCUCGAGCACAUAUCAGCACUGUCGCCGUCGCUCCCGGAUGACGUGGCCGGCCAGUACAAUUUUCACAACUCCGGAGCAGGCUGGAUGAAUGUGAACACUAGCUACGCACCUCAAAAUAAUAACAAUGGCACUGGCAUCCAGUUCAAUGGUCCAGUGGAGGGGCUCCAGCUGCCUCACAUGCAGCCAUAUAAAUAG